AUGGCAUAUGGAAUUGCUGCGAUCCACUUCAAGAACGGCACCACUCGGGAUCUUAUCAAGGUAGAUGGCACGCAGGAGUACCUGUCAGCAAUGAGAAUAAUCGCGGAUGAUGCGCAAAACGUCCGAAAUGGGAUGGAGUCGUCAAUGAAGACAAUCUGGCUUCCUCGUAGGAAGCAGAAAAUCAAUUGGCGACUAGCCAGGGAAUGGUACCGCUUCAUCUCAGAGAAACUACGUCAGCUUAUCAGCCCACCAGUAGUACGAACCGAGGAGUUACCUGACGACUGGAUCUACACUAUAGCUGCUUUGCUGUCUGAGAUAAAGUCUGCUGCCCUGGACACCCUGGUCCCUCCAUUAAAAUAUAACGACGUGUAUCUUACAUGGCCUGACUUCGAGGCUGACACCGGCCAUAAAUACAAGAGUCGCUUCGAGCUUGCGUGUCGCCUAGCAGGUCUAGAAGGUAUCGGCGGCAACGUCGCUUCAUCCCACGCCUUGCGACAUGAACGGACAUACGAAUCGGACCUGGACGCCAUGCUUGUAAUCAGCUACAACCCUGCCAGUCUCGGAAUCACACUUAACACGCCGAUGGAUGGGGAUAGAGAUUUCCCCUGGCCCUUGCGGCUUGUUGAGGAUGGUGGCCAUGCAGCGGAACAUGAAUUACUCCAAACCGAUCCGGUAAAAUACUGGCGUGAAGUUCGAGACCUGCUGCGGACAGUGAUUGGGAAUGAGACUGUCGAUUACCUUCUUCUCCUUGGCUCCCAUGCACGCGACCCUGGCUUGUUCCAGGCCGUCAAGGAUGUCUUGGAGGGUCAACCGGACAUCGAUCUAUCUAUCCUAGACCGCUAUAAUCCAGCUAUCCCCCACGACAGUCAGGAUGAAGACGAGCCGCUGUUCAUGUUAGCAAGAGCAGCAAGCAUGGUUGCUAGAGUUGGCAUGGAGACUGGUUUCCAAUACUGCAUUGAGUUGCCUUCAUGUAUUGCAUUGAAAGAGGAAGAGGAUAGGCAUUCUGAGUUGUAA